AUGGCGACUAUCACUCAGGUUCAGACGGUGAACAAGACCUUCCCACUCAAGACAGGACAGGUGAAGGUGGAAGAAAAGGUCUCGAUACCAUCGGAGAUACCAGAUUUGGCAGAUAUCCCGUUACCACCGUCAUCGAAGAAUCCUACUGAGGUUCUCGCAAUUGACAAAGAUACCCCGGAUCACCAUGUCCCCCGUGAUCCACGUCUGAUCAGACUGACGGGCGUCCAUCCAUUCAAUGUCGAACCUCCAUUGACUACGCUGUACAAGCAAGGUUUUCUCACCCCACAGGAACUUUUCUAUGUCAGAAACCAUGGGCCUGUUCCCCAAGUGCGCGAGGAGGACAUUCCAACGUGGGAGAUCAGCAUCGAAGGACUGGUUGAGAACCCUCUCGUCCUGAAUUUCAACCAGAUCAUGCAAGAAUUCGACCAAAUAACCGCACCAAUCACCCUUGUAUGCGCAGGUAAUCGUCGAAAAGAACAAAACACUGUCAGAAAAUCAAAGGGCUUCUCUUGGGGCCCUGCCGGCCUGUCGACUGCACUCUUCACCGGCCCGCUGAUGGGCGACAUCUUGCGCAGGGCAAAACCUCUCCGUCGAGCAAAAUAUGUGUGUAUGGAAGGAGCAGACAAACUCCCUAACGGAUAUUAUGGAACAUCAGUUAAACUGAACUGGGCCAUGGAUCCGAACAGGCUGAUCAUGCUGGCCUACAAGAUGAAUGGCGAUCCGCUCCAACCAGACCAUGGCCGUCCUCUGAGAGCCGUUGUACCCGGACAGAUUGGAGGAAGGAGUGUGAAAUGGCUGAAGAAGUUGAUCGUGACAGAUGCACCAAGCGAUAACUGGUACCACAUUUAUGACAAUCGAGUGCUACCAACAAUGGUUACACCAGACAUGUCUGCCAAAGAUCCAAUGUGGUGGCGCGAUGAGCGAUACGCAAUCUAUGACCUGAACGUGAACUCCGCCAUUGCGCACCCUGAACAUAACGAAGAGCUAGACCUCGCCACUGCUGGUCCUACAUACAAUGCUCGAGGAUACGCAUACGCUGGGGGCGGGCGUAGGAUCACCAGGGUAGAGAUUUCACUGGACAAAGGAAAAUCAUGGCGUCUAGCAAAUAUCGAAUACGGAGAAGAUAAGUAUCGGGACUUUGAAGGCAAUCUCUUCGGCGGCAAAGUCGACAUGUAUUCCCGAGAAACGUGUUUCUGCUGGAGUCUCUGGUCCCUGGACCUCCCUGUAUCUGAAUUGGAGAGUAGUGACGACAUUCUCCUCCGGGCGAUGGAUGAAGCCAUGAGUGUCCAGCCGCGCGAUAUGUACUGGUCGGUGCUUGGAAUGAUGAAUAAUCCAUGGUUCCGAGUCCUCAUUACCAAAGAGGAUGGGAGGUUGAAAUUCGAACAUCCGACCCAUCCUGCGAUGACUGGCGGUUGGAUGGAGCGUGUCAAGAAAGCAGGGGGGGACCUUUUGAAUGGUAAUUGGGGGGAACGGCAUGAGGGCGAGGAACCUGUUGAACCUGAGCCCGUUGUUGAGAUCAACAUGAAGAAGGACGGGGUCAACACAAUGAUCAACAUCGAACAAUUGAAGAGCAACAUCAAGAACAAUUGGUUUGUUGUCAACGGGGAAGUCUAUGACGGCACGGGUUUCCUCGAGGGUCACCCAGGAGGCGCUCAGAGCAUCAUCUCCUCUGCCGGUCUUGACAUCUCGGAGGAAUUUCUAGCAAUUCACAGCGAGACAGCAAAAGGGAUGAUGCCCGGUUAUCAUAUCGGAACGCUAGACAAGGCGUCCCUGGAAGCAUUGAAGAACGCACCUGCUGAAGAAGAAUCCUCGGAGCCCCGUCCCACGUUCCUUAACUCACGGGCGUGGACGAAAUCAAAACUGAUCGAGAAGAAGAUCGUCUCGUGGGAUACGAGGAUCUUCAAGUUCAAGCUUGAACAUGAAAAGCAGACACUAGGCUUGCCUAUUGGACAGCAUUUGAUGCUCAAGGUUCCAGAUCCUGCUGGCAAUUCCUCCAUCAUCAGGUCUUAUACGCCGGUCUCGGACACUAACCAGGAAGGGUCAAUGGACCUACUGGUGAAGAUAUACUUCAAGACCGACACUAUCCCUGGGGGUAAGAUGACGAUGGCACUUGAGGAAUUGCCUCUGGAUGCCGAGGUUGAGAUCAAGGGCCCUACAGGCAAGUUCGAGUACUGCGGAAAUGGCAAGGUGAUCGUUGGCGGCAAGGAACGCCAUGUGCGUUCGUUCAAGAUGAUCUGCGGUGGCACCGGCAUCACACCCGUCUUCCAGGUCCUACGUGCUGUCAUGGAAGACUCGGCAGAUCCCACUUCAUGUGUUCUUCUGGAUGGAAACCGGCUCGAAGAAGAUAUUCUGUGUCGAGAAGAGCUGGAACAAUACGAGGCCAUGGACCCAGGUAAGACCAAGUGCACCAUUGUGCACACCUUGUCUCAGGCCUCUGAGGCAUGGACGGGUCGUAGGGGACGUAUUGGCGCAGAUCUUCUACGCGAAUUUGCGCCUCCGGGCGAAGAGAGCAUGGUCCUCGUCUGUGGACCGGAGCCUAUGGAGAAAUCGGCUCGCAAAAUCCUACUUGAGCAGGGGUGGGCCGCGUCAGACCUGCAUUUCUUUUGA